AUGGGCUUCAGGAGGAGGAGGCUGGGCCCCUUGCUGGCAGGCCUGUUGCUCUUUGGCUGGGUGACCCUUGCCCAGCCCACUUCUCUCUCAGCAUUGGCCCGCCACCCUCACUUGUGCCAGACCACUCGGCAUGCUGACGGCCACCACUACCCUGGGUUCUUCUGUCCUCGGCUCUCUGAUACUCCUGAGGAAGCCUAUUGCUGCCAUCUCCAGGCUGCAGGGGGCUCCUGCUGCACGCGGGCCGAAUUUGAGAACCUGUACCAAGUCAACCUGUCAACUCUUCCACCUCCGCCCAUCCUCAGGGGCCCGGGCCCGCUCCUAGCGCUGGGCCUCUACAGCCUGCUGCUUGUGGCCUUGAUGACCGCAGACCUCGUGCACUUCUGCCGCGGUCGAGGCCGGGGUUGGGGCCGGAGCCGCCGCGGGCCUCCCUCUGGGUCCUCGGCUGCGAGCUCUCUGCAGGGAUCGACCGCAACAGACUAG